GUAAAAGACAAUUUGAAAUGUUUGAAAUGUUUUUGUUCUAUUUUUUUUCAUUCUUUGUUCCUUAUUUUUUUAUUUCGAAUUUUAAUAUUAUUUUACUGUAGUUUAUUUAUAUGAUAUUAUUAUAAAUAUGCCAAAGAAUGAAUGGAGUCACAAAGACAGAAAUACUGGGGAGAACAGGACUGACGUGGAUAGUGUUGGUAGUGAAAUGUGGAACAUUUUCCCUCCAGACCAGCUGGUGGCGCUAAUGCACCAUGACGCUGUUUGCUAACCGCCAAUAAACCACAGAAGAAGAACAGCACGAGGGGCUAGUUAGCUAACUAGCAGCGUUAGCUUGUGUUGAGAGGACGGCGGUGUUUCGUUCGGACGUUCGUGAGGUGUUUGGACAGAAAGGACGAUACGUGGUUCGGGUCCGAACUCUCCAACUUUGGUCGUAAAUGAGUGAAAAAGCGUUGAAUGUAAAGAAGGUGUUUCUGGGAUUGGAGCUGAAGAUCGGAGCUGCAGCUGGAACAUGUCUUCAGAAGCUCAGAGGGAGUCUGUCAUCGAGCACCUUUCUGCUGCUGAAGAAACAUUCAGAGUCUGUGAAGGAACCAUCGUCCAGAAUGAGGAGGAGCUCUGUGGUCAGAGCAGACUGCUGGAUAUCACCGGGAACCCGGAGCUUCAGCUCCACCUUAUAGUCCUCCCCCAGGAUUGGGUGAUAGAAGAGGAAGAUCUCUGCAACCAGCAGAGGAACUUCAAAGUGGAACAGAAUAAUCCAGAAACUACACAGACUAAAGAGGAACUGGAGGAACGAGAACUUCUACAGAAUAUAAAUGAGCAGGAAGAACAAGUCCCUCCAAAGAUUGAAGAGGAACUGGAGGAACCCAAACCUCCUCAGAUUAAAGAGGAGCAGGAGGAACAAGAACCUCCACAGAUAAAAGAGGAGCAGGAAGAACAAGAACUUCCACAAAUUAAAGAGGAGCAAGAACAGCUCUGCAUCAGUCAGGAUGAAGAGCAACUUGAUCUGAAGCAGGAGACUGAAACCUUGAUGGAGAUUCCUACUUAUGAGGAAAGUGAGAACGGUGAAGCAGAUCUAAACAAUCAGCAGAGCUUUAAUGUAACUGAUAGUCAGGAUGAAGAAUUAAGCCAAUAUGAAGAAUCAACAUCAACUACAGAAGAAGAGACAGACCCACAGAACAGAGAUCAGAGAAAAAAACGAGACAGAAGUCAUGUCCAAAAUGUGGACCACUCUCACAUGUCAGGAAGUUGUAGCUAUUCUGAUGUUGGAAAACAUUUUGAGAAGGCAACUUUGGGUAAGACAUGCAAACAACCCCCGAAAGAAAAUAGUCUUUCCUCUGUGAAGUCUGGUAAAGGGACAAGAAUUGCACGCAGUACGUCUCUCCACAUUAGAGCAGAGUCUGACGAAAGACGUUAUGGCUGUCAGGAAUGUGAUAAAAGUUUUGAUAAAAAAUCUAAGCUCAGAAUUCACAUGAGAAUCCAUACAGGAGAAAAAGCUUUUACUUGUAAAGAAUGUGAUAGAAGUUUUCGUCAAAUAUCAAAUCUAAGAAAACACAUGACAACUCAUACAGGUGAGAAGCGUUUUUUAUGUAAGGAAUGUGAUAAAAGUUUUAUUCAAACAUCUGACCUCAAAAGACACAUGAUAACUCAUACAGGAGAGAAGCCUUUUUUGUGUAAGGAAUGUGAUAAAAGGUUUGGUCGAUUAUCUUCUCUCAAAACACACAUGAGAACUCAUACAGGAGAAAGUCAUUUUUCUUGCAAAGAAUGUGGUAAAAGUUGUAGUCAAAUUUCUGACCUCAAAAGACAUAUGAUAACUCAUACAAAAGAGAAGCCUUUUUUGUGUGAGGAAUGUGAUAAAAGGUUUGGUCGACUAUCGUCUUUCAAAAGACACAUGAGAACUCAUACAGGAGAUACUACUUUUUCAUGUAAGGUAUUUGAUGUACGGUUUAGUGAAAUAUCCACCCCCAAAAGUCACAUGGGAACUCAUACAGGAGAAAAGCUUUUUUCUUGUAAGAAAUGUGAGAAAAGUUUUUGUCAUAUAACUAACCUCAAAAGACACAUGAGAACUCAUACGGGAGAGAAGCCCUAUUCGUGUAAGGAAUGUGAUAAACGGUUUAGUGAAAUAUCUGGCCUCAAAUCCCACAUGAGAACUCAUACAGGAGAGAAGCCUUUUUUGUGCGAGGAGUGUAAUAAACGGUUUGGUCAAACAUCUGUCCUCAAAAGACACAUGAGAACUCAUACAGGAGAGAAGCCCUAUUCGUGUAAGGAAUGUAAAAAACGGUUUAAUGAAAUAUCUGCCCUCAAAAGGCACAUGAGAACUCAUACAGGAGAGAAGCCCUAUUCGUGUAAGGAAUGUGAUAAACGGUUUGCUCAAGCAUCUGUCCUCAAGAGACACAUGAGAACCCAUACAGGAGAGAAGCCUUUUUUGUGUAAGGAAUGUGAUAAAAGGUUUGGUCGAUUAUCUUCUCUCAAAACACACAUGACAACUCACACAGGAGAGAAGCCGUUUUCAUGUAAGGAAUGUGAUAAAAAUUAUAGGCAAAUAUCUUACCUCAAAACACACAUGAGAACUCACACAGGAGAAAGUCAUUUUUCUUGCAAAGAAUGUGGUAAAAGUUGUAGUCAAAUAUCUGACCUCAGAAAACACAUGAUAACUCAUACAAAAGAGAAGCCUUUUUUGUGCAAGGAAUGUGAUAACAUGUUUGGUCGAUUAUCUUCUCUCAAAAGACACAUGAGAACUCAUACAGGAGUGAAGCCUUUUUCAUGUAAAGAAUGUGAUAAAAAUUUUAGUCAUAAAGCUAACCUCAAAAAACACAUUAGAACUCAUACAGGAGAGAAGCCCUAUUCCUGUAAGUAAUGUGAUUAAACGGAUUAGUGAAAUAUCUGGCCUCAAAACACACAUGAGAACAAGGAAUGUGAUAAACGGUUUGGUCAAACAUCUAUCCUUAAAAGGCACAUGAGAACUCAUAAAGGAGAGAAGCCCCAUUCGUGUAAGGAAUGUAAUAGAAAUUUUACCAGAAUCUCAAAACACACGAGAACUCAUACAGGAGAAAAGCCUUUCACCAGACAAAAAUUGUAAUUUAAGAAUGAAAUAAAAAUCUUGCAACUUAAAAAAAGAGGAAAACUCACAGCACAGGACUCGUACAGAAAAAAAGAAUAAUGGUUUAAAUAGGAAGGUUUAAAAACUGUGAUUUUGUUUAACAGGUAAUUAAAAACAAAGUUUUUCUGUAUCAGAAUUAGAAUUUAAAAUGUGAAUAACAGGGUUGCUUGCGGGGUCUUAAACCUUCUUAAAAGCUUUGAAGUUGAAAAUUUGGGGAAAAGGCCUUAAAAACAUUAAACAAGUAUAUUUUCAAUAUUUGUUUUUAAAACUGGUGCAGUUUAAAUUUUUUUCCGCAUGACUUUUCUAGCUUUUUUAAAAUUUUUAUUUCUUAACUACGAUUGUGUAAGUAAAGCGUGUUUAUCAACAUGCUGGA